CUGCCGCUAGUCGGCGGGAGCCGCCGCUAGUUCCUGGCGGGCUGUUUUAGCUCCUCUUGUCGCCGGUCCUGCUCUGUUGCCAGCUGCCGGGCCGAGCAUCAUGACGUCUGCCUUGGAGAACUACAUCAACCGAACUGUUGCUGUCAUUACUUCUGAUGGGAGAAUGAUUGUGGGAACACUGAAAGGUUUUGACCAGACCAUUAAUUUGAUUUUGGAUGAAAGCCACGAACGAGUGUUCAGCUCUUCACAGGGAGUAGAACAAGUGGUACUAGGUUUAUACAUCGUGAGAGGUGAUAAUGUUGCAGUCAUUGGAGAAAUUGAUGAAGAGACAGAUUCUGCACUUGAUUUGGGGAAUAUUCGAGCAGAACCUCUGAACUCUGUAGCACACUAAGGAUAAACUACAUAUAUUGGACAUCUGUAAAUCUUUGUACAGAAACUGAUUAUUCUGAGGAUGAUGGGCAGAAUUUUUAUGAAAGUGUAAUUGUGGAUUUUGACUCCAUAUUGAUUCAUUGUAAUAUGAUAUGUAAAUUAAAAUAUUUCUACAUUUUCUUGGAAAAAACUUUUCUUUUUGGCCUAAAUCAUACAUUUGGUAGCUUGGUUUUAUUUUUCUAUUAAAUAGUAUAAAAAUCUAAUGAUUAUUUUGAGAACUUUUAGAAAAGACAUUCUGCUAUUUUGAUAUUUAUGGAAAACUAGUUGAAAAGAGAAAUUCAAGUAUUAUAUAAAUUAAGCAUACAAAUACCAUCAAUAGUGCAGAAUACAUAUGUUUCUGUCCCUGAUUUUUAAGAAAGUCCCAGGAAGGUAAAUCUUGUCUUGUGCAGUUAUCUGAACCAUCCCCAUUUAUCACACUGCCCUGGUGGCUCCCUAGCACUUUAGAAGUGUGGGUAAAAGUGUGUUUGGUUGAGAAAAGGAAAAAUGCUAACAAAGUUAUAUAUUACCUGAAAAAAUUGAUUCCAUGUGGUUUUAAAAGCCAUCUUAUCCUUUAAGAAUUGGGGAAUUUCUAGUAUUAAAGGAGUUUUUUGUUAUUUAUAAACAUGAGUAAAUAAAUCUUAAGUUUAUAUUGAGGCAGUGCUUGCUAUUAUUGUCAACAACUUUUCAUGACUCCCUAGUUCCAUAAACCUGAUUUCAAAAGAAGUAAACCUGUUUUCUCCAAGCAUGUCAGGCCUAUUCUUUGGUUGAUUAUUGUAGUGAAUCAAUUAAGUAGAUAAAUGUCCCUCAUCUACAAACAGGCUAUUUUCUAAAACUCCCUUGUACAACUGGUGGUGUAUACUUUUUCAAGAAUCCAUAGAAACAAUGCUAUAAGCAGUGUUUAGAUAUCCAGGCUAGUCCACAAAAAUUCUCAUCAAGUCAUAUGUAGGCCAAAGUGUGUAACAUUGUGAUAACAAUAGAAAAAUAUUUACAUUCUUGUAAUUCAAACAAAAUUUCAAUAGUUUCUUCUUCUUUUUUUUAAUGAAAGUGUUUAAAAUAGGAGUUGGCAAGCUUCUUUCGUAAAGAUGCAGAUAGUAAAUAUUUUAAGCUUUGAGGGCCAUAUGGUCUCUGUCACAGCUACUCAAAUCUGUUUUGUAGCAUGAAAAUAGCCAUAGAUAAUACAUGACGAAUAGCCGUGGCUGGGUUCCAAUAAAACUUCAUUUACAGUAACAGGUGGCAGGCUGGAUUUGGCCAGUAGGCCAUAGUUGCUGUCCCUUGGCUCAAAAUGAAAAAUACAAGCUCAAUAAGAAGAGAUGAUGGCUAAUUUGUAUAAAUUCUGAAAAGGGCUUCUGGAAUGGAUCCUUUCAGAGUUCAGAGGUGGGUUUCAUCAUAUUUUUUAAUAUUGAAAACCCUACUUAUUAAACAUGGCAGUUUUUUGGUUCACAACUAAAACAUUUUCCAGAGGAAAAUAUCUUCACAUUUUCACAAAAGCAAGACGUGUAAGGAGAGAACUGUUGAGAUAGUUUUGGUCAUCAAGCACCAUUACCUAGAAUAACUUGGCUGAUGUUCUGAUGUUUAGGGUUGUCUCUGGGAGGAUUAGAGGAAGGCUAGGUAGUACUGGCUAUUCAUAAAUAUUUGGCUUUUGUAGUAUAAGGUUUUAUGAUCAAUUUAGUAAUAAAAAGAAAAUAAUGCAAAGUGGCUAAAGCAAACAGGCCACUUUAAUUAGGGACUGUAAACCAGGUGUUCUGUUUAAAUAAUGUAUUUUAAAUUGGUAAACUAAUUCCAAAAGUCAAAUAAGGAAUAUAGAUCAUUCGAUUGCUAAGUGAAAUGUAUUCUAAGUAUAAAUGAUGUCCAGAAUCAGAUGCUUUCUCAACAUAGUUGAUCUAACACAAAUUACACAUGAACCAGUAAACAAACCAUAGUCCCUCUCCCUCACAGUAAUGAGUUUCUAAUAUGAUGUAUUCUCCUUAUGAAAUCUAAAAUGCCUUGUCAAGAUGUAUUUUCCUUACUGAUGCCAGAAAAAUCAUUUCCAGAAUAUGAA